AUGGCCGCCGGCACCGCCGCCGCCUUAGCGUUCCUCAGCCAGGAGAGCCGAACCCGGGCUGGGGGUAUCGGGGGUCUGCGCGUCCCGGCCCCAGUCACUAUGGACAGUUUUUUCUUCGGUUGUGAGCUCUCCGGUGGCACCCGUUCCUUCACCUUCAAGGUAGAGGAAGAGGAUGAUGCCGAGCACAUGCUGGCCUUGACCAUGCUCUGCCUCACGGAGGGGGCCAAGGAUGAGUGCAAUGUGGUGGAAGUUGUGGCCCGGAACCAUGACCAUCAGGAGAUUGCAGUUCCUGUGGCCAACCUGAAGUUGUCCUGCCAACCCAUGCUCAGCCUGGAUGACUUCCAGCUUCAACCACCUGUAACCUUCCGCCUGAAGUCAGGCUCUGGCCCUGUGCGGAUCACUGGGCGGCACCAGAUUGUUACUAUAAGCAAUGAUGUCUCUGAGGAAGAGGAGAGUGAGGAAGACAACAGUGAGGAGGAGGAAGUUGAGUUGUGCCCUGUCCUGCCUGCCAAGAAGCAGAGGGGCAGGCCCUAA